AAAAUGUCGGGGACUAUACGGCAAGCCAUGACGCCGGCUAUAACUCGUUUACGCGAGCAUUUUGAGGAGAUUCGCCCGGUUUUAGACGCCCAAGAGCGCACAGCUGAAGGAAUAGAAAUGUUAAGGACAAGAUUAGUUAAAGUUCGACGUAUAAUAAAUCGUCUUGAAGAAAAAGCCAAUCAGUGGCAAGAUUAUAUUCGAGGACUUCCGGUUAAUGAAAGACAAGCGGAAGAACAGGUUUUAGCUAACUUUGCUCCAUUGGAGCAUCAUUAUGCGGAAUGGAUAGAGAACGCACAUGAAAUAAUUGCAGAUAUUGAGAUUGUUUUGGCUGAGUCUGAGGACGGCAGCACUCAAUCCGAUUUGUCAGUAGAGUUGGGAGUUGGCCAAAAUAGACUGAAUCAAUCAAGAAGGCCACAAGUUUUUGUAAAUGAAGGGCAGACGCCGUUAAAUGAGAAUUUUAACUAG